ACAAUUAUUAAAACAUGUCGGAUAUCGAUGGUAGUAGGAAGGCCAUCAUGGAUUCAAAUAUCAUUGACUAUAAGACUGUAGAUAGUAAUAAAAGCCCUCAAAAUGAAUUACCCGUCAAAAAAUCAAAAACCGCAUCUUAUUUCAAUAUUCUGUUCAGUGGAUUUGCUCUCUUGUCUGAUGGUUAUCAAUCUGGUGUCAUCAGUUUUGUUAAUCUUUUCCUUACAAAAAUUUAUGGUCCAGAUGAAUUUAAUGCAACCAUGAAAUCAAGAUUGUCAUAUUCCAUGUUCGUGGGUGCAAUUGUGGGUCAAAUAGGUUUUGGUCUCAUUAUUGAUCGUGUGGGCCGUAAAAUCGGACUUGUUGCUACCACAUUUUUAGUAAUCCUGGGUGCUGCUUUAUCUGCUGCAUCAUCUGGCAAGACAACUACAGGUUUGCUUUGGAUGAUGAUUAUAGCGAGAGGUGUACUUGGUGUAGGCGUGGGUGGUGAAUAUCCUUGUAGUUCUGUAUCUGCAGGUGAAUCAGCUGACGAAGUUGCUCCUGGAAGACGUGGUGGCUUAUUUGUACUAGUUACAAAUUUUGUUAUCGAUUUCGGUUAUGUCAUUUCUGCUAUUGUGCCCGUUAUUUUGCUUGCUAUCUUUAAAGAUAAUUUAGAACCAGUUUGGCGUAUUUCUCUUGGUUUGGGUAUUGUACCACCAUUGUCUGUCUUGUACUUCCGACUCAAAAUGGCUGAUUCUAAAAGCUAUCAAGCGGGUGCUAUCAGAAAAAAGGUUCCAUAUGUACUUAUCUUUAAGAGAUAUUGGUUUCGUCUUACACUCACUUCUGGUUUAUGGUUUAUUUACGAUUUUAUCUCCUACCCUAACGGCGUAUUUUCGACGGUUAUUAUUGAUAGUGUAGCCAGCGGUGAAUCAACCAUUGAAGUAGUUUCUUGGAACAUUUUACUUUAUGCCUUUUACCUUCCUGGGUGCUUAGCGGGUGCCUAUUCUGUUGAUCGUAUCGGACGUAGAAAAACUUUGGCUUAUGGUUUGUUUGCUCAAGGUAUCAUCGGCAUGAUCCUUGGUGGUGUCUAUGAACCUUUAUCCAAGAACUGUAUGCCCAUGUUCAUUAUCAUGUACGGUAUUUUCUUAGCUCUGGGUGAGUAUGGACCUGGUAACACCAUGGGAUUAAAUUCAAUGGAACUCUUCCCUACAGCUGUUCGAGGUACUUGUUAUGGUAUCGCUGCAGCGAUUGGUAAAGUAGGUGCCACUGUUGGUACACUUGCCUUCAUUCCGAUGCAGGAAGCUAUGGGUGGAUAUCGUGGUCCAUUUUUAGUUGGUAGUGGUAUUGCCAUUGCUGCUAGUAUUAUUGCUUGGUUUUUACUUCCCGAGAUCGGGCCCGAUAGUUUGGUAGAAGAGGAUGAGGCUUUCCGUGCAUAUCUUGAAAAGAACGGGUAUGAUGUCUCCCAAUUAGGUCUUGCGCCUGCAAACAGUGGAUCUCCCAAAAGCAUCCAAGAAGACGAUAUCAGCAAAGGUGUAGAUGACAGUUCUGUCAAGGGUUCUUCUGGAUUGUCUCCAAUCAAGAACUAAAAAAAAAACAUGCACAUUGUAAUCAUAUAUACUAAUCUACCCUUUAUAUCUAACCUUAAUCAUUAUUCCCAAUUGUCAAAACACAAAUAAAUAAACUGAUAUUUAUUGAAUAAGG